UCCUCGUGCAUGUGUGAACAGAGUCGUGUCCGUAUAAUGUCGCGGCUGAGGACGCGCGGCUGAAUGUGAAUACUGUGGAUCCAGCUCGCAGUUAGAGGAGAGGUGAACGCACCUUGCAUCCAGCCAUGGGAGGUCAGAUCACCAGGAAUACCUUUUACGAUUCCCUAAAUGGGCCGUUUCCAGCAGCAUCCCACCGAUACCACCACAAGCCCAAGCGCUGCCUGCCCAUCCAGCCAUGUGACAAUUUGUCCUCCUUCCCUCUGCUCUUCCACCCAAGCACCAAGGGCUCACAGAUUGUCAUGGACAUGUCUCAGAGAACUGUCAAGAGACAAGCCAGCUUCUGCAAUGCCAUCACCUUCAGCAACAGACCUAUCGGUGUCUAUGAGCAAGUUCGACUGAAGAUCACAAAAAAGCAGUGCUGCUGGAGUGGUGCUCUACGGCUUGGUUUUACAUCCAAGGACCCAUCGAGGAUCAAUCCAGACACCCUGCCCAAGUAUGCCUGCCCUGACCUGGUCUCCCAAAGUGGCUUCUGGGCAAAAGCCUUGCCAGAGGAGCUCUCCAACGAGGGAAACAUCAUCUCGUUUUGGGUGGAUAAGAAGGGCCGGGUGUUCUACCGAAUCAACGACUCCAGCCCCAUACUGUUCUUCAGUGGGGUGCAUGUCUCUGAACCCCUCUGGGCUCUCAUAGAUGUCUACGGUCUCACUAGGGGGGUCCAGCUGCUAGACAGCGAGAUGGUCCCACUGGACUGCCUGCGUCCUCGUUCUCUUGCUUCCGCCCACCGGGCUGCCAUUCAGCGAAACAGUGAUGACCCUCGCCUCUCCGUCAGCCUGUGCGACCUGAGCCUGCAGCAGCAAGAGAUGCAUCUGGAAGAAGAUGAUGAGGAUGAGGAGCACCUGCAGCCUUUGAGCUCCUCCUCCUCCUGCCAUGUGCCCCAAAACUCACAGAACUCACAGCAGUGCUCGCUUUUGCCCAGCCAUUUGGACAGCGAUCUGCACUUUAACUCGGUGCACGGCAUCCAUGUAACUGUGCUCGAUAAGCACACGGUGGCUCGCCUGGAUCACCGUGGUGAUGAAAGGACACUGGUGUUCACCAGUCGGCCAAUGCGCUGCUCAGAGCCCAUAUUUGUGAAGGUGAAAGCAGGUGUCACACGGCCUGGGUCUCUUUCUUAUGGUGUGACAUCCUGUGACCCCACCACCCUGAGACCCAGCGAUCUCCCGUCUAACCCAGAAUCCCUGGUUGACCGCAAGGAAUUCUGGGCUGUGUGUCGGGUGGCGGUGCCACUCCACAACGGCGAUAUCUUGGGCUUUGUGGUGAACGCAGAGGGAGAGGUUAUGAUGAGCCAUAAUGGCGUCAGUGCAGGGAUGCAGCUGUGCAUUGAUAACUCCAGGCCUCUGUGGAUGUUCUACGGUCUGCACGGCACCAUCACACAACUCAGGAUUUUAGGCUCAUCUCAGAACCCAGACCUGCGAGGCCCAUCGGUGCCCAGCUCUCCAUCAUGUACACCCAACACUCCCACAAUGCUUUGCAGUGGCAACUCUGAGUCCAACCUCAACACUGCUUUGAAUAUCAACCUAAAUUCAAGCCUCAACUCCAACUACCACACUCUGUUUUCUUCCUCCACAGGUACAACCCCAAGCUCUCCAUUCUCUAACCAUCCAGAGUCCCCCACCUUCCCAUCCUGCUCCAGCUCGUGGAGUGAUGAAUGCACCAUUUGCUAUGAGAAUGCAGUAGACACGGUCCUCUACGCCUGCGGGCAUAUGUGUCUCUGUUACGCCUGCGGUCUGAAACUCAAGAAGAUGGCCAAUGCGUGCUGCCCCAUCUGCAGGAGGACAAUCAAAGAUAUCAUCAAGACCUACCGGAGCACGUAGGCUCGCGUUAGACUACGUCAGGUUCAGCUCGGGAUAUUGUCAAAGCCAUGUGAGACUUUGUAAAGACACGGCACAAGCCUUGCUCGCUUGCGUGUGCAAUCUGGCUCAGGUACUUUAGAUUCCAUCAUUAAAACAUUUUAAUUAUGUUAUGUCUAAUGCACAUACUUGGGAAGCUGACAGUUGUUCCAAUAAGAUUCAUCAAAGACCAAUCCAAACGUACAGAGUGAUCAACAAAGACAAAGUUUGUGUAGUAACAGCACAACAACACACCUUGACCCACUUCUACUGAAGAGAACGAGUAAUCUGAAGAGACAUCUGUCCUAGUUCACCAGAGUAACUCAUCAGUUUGCUGGUGAUAGCAUCCGCCACUAGCUAGUUUUAGAAGUAGUAAAUUGUCCAGAGGAGUGGAGAAAUAAAUCUGUGGUUUCACCAGCUGCUCCAUCACGGCUUUUCAGGCAGUCUUGGUUAAAGUGUUUUGUUUUUUUUUUUUUUUAAAUAGAAGCUCAUGGCAAGAUCCGAUCGCAGUGAGGAAUGAGUAAAAAGACAGAGAAAGAAUGUGUUUGUGGUGAAAGUGCUUCUCUAGCAAUAAAACACAAAGAAAUGUCUCACCCUACAGGCUAAAGAAAAAUCUUGAAAGGAGCUCUGUUGUGUUAUAAAUGAAGUGUUCUGCUGAAUAUCUCACCACCUGCUGUGCUUCUGUGAACGUCAGGCAAAGCAAGAUUGUGCAAAGGGUAAAAAAGUGUGAAUGUUGUCACAGCAGAAGGUCACGCUGGCGGUGAAUGAGGAUGUAAAUCAGUGAGGAGGAGGCGGAGGAGGAAGAGUAAGGAGGAGAGAGGAUCUUGUAAGUUUGGAAUGCAGACAGGGAAGGAAGGAGCGUCUUUGCUAUAUGUCAGUGUAAAGAAAGUGUUUGUUCACAUAGACAUGCUAGAUACAACUUUAGAAAGCCUGUAGAAUGAGGGACUUGCAUGGAUUGCAUGUCCUGCUUCUUGGCAGCCAUUGGCGCCAUCUCUGGCGGCUCGCCAAGCCUGCUGGAUGCUAUAAUUGCACAAAAGUCAUCCAAAUAAACACUGGUGGGCAGGGAAGCAUUUUAAAAUGCUGAAAGAGCACAUGAAGAUGAUGAAUAAACCUCCUCAUCACUGCAAGAAUCCAUGAAAUCCCACAUAAGUUACAGAUGGCUCUUUUUUACUUCAGGUUACACUUGUCUCUUUCAUAUAUAUAUCGAAACUGAACAUGAAUAUUUGCUUUCAGUUAUGACAUAUUUAUGUAUCCUUGAGGGGAUAAAAAAAAAAAAAUCACAAGUUUGCCAUUAGUGACGAGGAUGUAGCUUGUUAUUGUGGGACAUUUGUGUGAAAAUUUCAUUUGCAUAUCAGUUUCUGAGUGCUCCUCUCCAUCAGUAAACGUAAGCUCCAAGGACAUUUUCACUCGAUUAAUCCCUUGCAUUAUGUACUGCUUUAAAAUGUUAAGAAAUAUAAGAUAUUUUCAGGUGUUAUGCUGGCCUCGCUGAAACAUCUUUAACAUAGUAAGUGCUGAUUUGUCUUCGAGCCUGUCGUCUUGUUGCUGCGGAGGGAAAAUCGGCAGUUACUGCAUGUUGUGUAACAUUUGAAGGACAGCUAAGUUUUUCGAGCGUGCCUUUUAAAAACAGAAGCUUGGACAAAGUUGGGCUCCUCACUGUGAAAACCAAAAGGGACACUGAGGUCCGUUUUAUCUUCGAGCCACAGGUGGAACAAACAAACGGUUGGAAGCGAACACAUCAGUGUGCUUAAUAUCAGCGUGUGCUUUUUAUUCACGGCUAAAGAUGAAAUGUUUAUGUCACUACAUUGUAUAAUACUGGAAAUUAGUUGUGAGUGUUGAGAGAUGCUCAGCGUGCACAUUUCUGCCUGGGUUUCCUCCCUGACCAAAUAUGACCUAGCAGAAAUCCAGCAUUGCUGAGCAUUUUUAAAUAGAUAAAAUGGUAUCGAUGAGUGUAAUAGUAACUGUACAUUAUGAGGUUUAUUUAUUUCUCAAUGCUACUAUAAGGAAUUAUCACUGUUUCUUUCAUAUGUGUGGAUGUCGUGUCCAAAAUGUAAGAAUAUUGGUUAUUUUAUGGUUAUGCAGACAAAGACUAAAGGAAACUUUAAUUUCCCUGAAAGGCCCCUGUGGUUGUGUCAGCUGAUUUUCACUGAAAGAAAUAGUUUGACAUUUUGGGAAAUGCUUAUUCACUUUGCGGUGAAGAGUCAGAUGAGAUGACCCAUACCACUCUCCAGUAGUUGCAUGGUACAAACGUUAAGUCAAGCACUGUAGUUAACUGCAGAUUUGAGGUAUUUGUAUUUCACUUGAGUAUUUCCAGCAUUUCGGAGAGAAAUGUUCUACUUUUACGUUGAUCUCACAGCUGUAGUUUGCAGACAUACAUAUCUGAUUUUAAAAAUGCCACAUUGCUACAAGACUUAAAAAAAUAAAGUGCCCAACAAAAGAAAGAGAUUAAGAGGAGUUUAUACUAAAGCUGCUUGUGCACCAGUUAAUAUGACACUGACAUGUUUAACAGAUAUGAUUCUGCAGCUCUUCUGGCAGCUAGAACACUGAACAUUACCUUCAUUCUGAAAAGAUUUUUUAAAAAAAAGGCCUAAAAAUAUCUUUAAAAAUUAGACUCAUCAGUUGGGCAGAAACAGAGCACCAGAUGAUAAUGCUACUUCGCAACUGAUGGAUAUUCAAAUAAGAAACUGUUUGCUUACAAAUUUGCCACACCAUGUCAAACCGUGGCCUACCUGAACAAACAUCCCGAAGGCUUCACUGUUCGCCUGCCAGCUCGUCCCUGCCAAUAACAGUGCAGCCAAAUCUGUCACACAUCCUCUGGAAAAGUGGCGAAUGGUGUAAUUUGUACACUUUGAUUUCAGCCGUGUGACAUCUUCGGAGGUGCUCGUUACCUUUCUGCAGAGUCGGGCGAGCUGCAUCUUCAGACAAAUGUGAGAGUGGUAUCAAUCUGUGAACAUCAAUUUCCCAAAAGGCCAAAUGGCAGAGAGUCAAAUGUGAAGUCGGAAUUGUUUAGCUUUACCUUUUGGCAAAUUAUAUUUCUCCUAAUCGAGCAUAUUUAAAAUGUGUUGUGGCCUGUCAGUAGUUCUGUUGAUUCUGAGAGUCUGUUUUUUUCUCUUCUCUCUCAAACGUGACCAAACUAAACAGAAUGAGGCAGUGUGUGGCGGUGGGCAUUGUGUAUUUUUGGACAAGAAAAUUGGCUUCUGAUUUUGUUUUUUCUGGGCUUCUUUGUGAUUUCUGAAUUUACUAAUAAUGUUUUUUGUUUGUUAAAUAAAAUUUA